UGAGCCCGCUGAGGGGAAAAUGGCUCGAACCUCCGCGGCCGCGACGGCUCCGGCUGCAGUGGAGGCAGAGGCUCAAGCGGCGUGAGGUCUUACUAAUUUGGAAGCUACAAGAGAAAACAGAGGAAGAUUGGGUCUUUUUAAUGGACAUGGCUCAGAUAUCCAGCAACAAUGGAUUUAAACAGUGUUCAUCUACUCAUUUGGAACCAACAAGAACUAAAGAAGUGGACAAAGAAGAAGCAUUACAGAUGGAAGCAGAGGCUUUAGCAAAAUUGCAAAAAGAUAGGCAAGUGAUUGACAAUCAGAGAAGCCUUGAGUUGUCAAGCAGCACCAGACAAAAAGCACAAGCUUUUAACCAACAGGAUUAUGAUCUUAUGGUGUUUCCUGAAUCAGAGUCCCACAAGAGAGCAGUUGAUAUUGAUGUAGAAAAGCUCACCCAAGCUGAACUUGAGAAAUUAUUAUUGGAUGAUGGUUUUGAGACUAGAUCAGCACCUGUGUUACCAGUUACUCCUGUUCUGAGCCCUUCAUUUUCAGCACAGCUCUAUCUUAGACCUACACAGAGAGGACAGUGGCCACCUGGAUUAUCUGGACCUUCCACUUAUACUUCUAUUUAUCCUUCAACUUACAGUAAACAGGCUGCAUUCCAGAAUGGCUUCAAUCCAAGAAUGCCUACUUUUCCAUCUACUGAACCUAUAUAUUUAAGACUUCCAGUACAGUCUCCAUAUUUUUCAUAUCCUUUGACACCUGCCAUGCCCUUUCAUCCACAAGGAAAUUUACCAGUCUAUCGUCAGGUAGUCAAUCCUGAUAUGGCAAAACUAUUUGACAAAAUAGCUAGCACAUCAGAAUUUUUAAAAAAUGGAAAGGCAAGGACUGAUUUGGAGAUAACAAAUUCAAAAGCUACAGUCAACAAUCUACAGGGAUCUCCAAAGUCUGAGGAUAUUAGUAAAUUUGACUGGCUAGACUUGGAUCCUCUAAGUAAACCAAAGGUCGACAAUGCGGAAAUAUUAGACCACGAAGAAGACAAAACUAUUUCAAGUUUGCUAGCAGAGGAUCCUUGGGAUGCUGUUCUUCUAGGAGUGAGAUCACCAGCAAAUUGUCACCUCGAAAGAAAGGUGAAUGGAAAAUCUCUUUCUGGGGCAACUGUAACAAGAAGCCAGUCUUUAAAUAUUCGAACAACUCAGCUUGCAAAAGUCCAGGGCCAAACACCUCAGAAAGACUCAAAUGGGACCAGUAGUUUGCCAACUGGAAGUUCUCUUCUACAGGAAAUCGAAGUACAGAAUGAGGAGGUGGCAGCUUUUUGUCAGUCUGUUGCAAAAUUGAAGACCAAAUUUCCAUACUCCAAUCAUUGCACAAAUCCCGGCUAUUUGUUAAGUCCAGUCACAAUGCAAAGAAAUAUAUGUGGAGAAAAUGCUAGUGUGAAGGUCUCCAUUGAAAUUGAAGGAUUUCAACUUCCUGUUACUUUCACAUGUGAUGUGAGUUCCACAGUAGAAAUCAUUAUAAUGCAAGCCCUUUGCUGGGUUCACGAUGACUUGAAUCAAGUAGAUGUUGGGAGCUAUGUCCUGAAAGUUUGUGGUCAAGAAGAGGUGCUGCAGAAACACCCUGUUGAAGAACUUUUAGAUUCAUAUCACAACCAAGUCGAACUGGCUCUUCAAAUUGAAAACCAGCAUCGAGCUGUAGAUCAAGUAAUUAAAGCUGUAAGAAAAAUCUGCAGUGCUUUAGAUGGUGUAGAAACUCCUGCCAUUACCGAAUCAGUAAAGAAGCUAAAGAGAGCAGUUAACCUUCCAAGGAAUAAAAGUGCUGAUGUGACUUCAUUAUCUGGAGGAGAUACUAGCAAAACCUCAAUUGGAGGCUCCCUGAAUCUUGAAAAUCCUGUUAAAGUGAGCAUGGACCAGUUAACUGCAGCAAUUUAUGAUCUUCUCAGACUCCAUGCAAAUUCUAGUAGGACUCCUGAAGACUGUACUCACAGUUGUAGGAACAUCAAGGAAGCAUGGACUACCACAGAACAGCUCCAGUUUACUAUUUUUGCUGCACAUGGAAUUUCGAGUAACUGGGUAUCGAAUUAUGAAAAAUAUUAUUUGAUAUGUUCCCUGUCUCACAAUGGAAAGGAUCUUUUUAAACCUAUUCAAUCAAAGAAGGUUGGCACUUAUAAGAAUUUCUUCUAUCUUAUUAAAUGGGAUGAAUUAAUUAUUUUUCCCAUCCAGAUAUCACAAUUGCCAUUAGAAUCACUUCUUCAUCUUACUCUUUUUGGAAUUUUAAAUCAGAGCAGUGGAAGUUCCCCUGAUUCUAAUAAGCAGAGAAAGGGGCCUGAAGCUUUGGGCAGAGUUUCUUUGCCUCUUUUUGACUAUAAACGGUUUUUAACAUGUGGAACCAAACUUCUUUAUCUUUGGACUUCAUCACGUGCAAAUCCUAGUCCUGGAACAAUUCCUAAAAAAGGAUAUGUCAUGGAAAGAAUAGUGCUACAGGUUGAUUUUCCUUUUCCUACAUUUGAUAUUAUUUAUACAACUCCACAAGUUGACAGAAGCAUUAUACAGCCGUAUGACUUAGAAACACUGGAAAAUGAUAUAAAAGAAAAACUUUUUGAUAUUCUUCAAAGAGACUCAUCAUUUGGGCUUUCUAAAGAAGAUAAAGCCUUUUUGUGGGAGAAACGUUAUUACUGCUUCAGACAUCCAAAUUGUCUUCCUAAAAUCCUAGCAAGUGCCCCAAACUGGAAAUGGGUUAAUCUUGCCAAAACUUACUCAUUGCUUCAUGAGUGGCCGCCCUUGCAUCCAUUGGCUGCAUUGGAGCUUCUUGAUUCAAAGUUUGCUGAUCAGGAAGUGAGAUCCCUAGCUGUGACCUGGAUUGAGGCCAUUAGUGAUGAUGAGCUAACAGAUCUCCUUCCACAGUUUGUGCAAGCUUUGAAAUAUGAAAUUUACCUGAAUAGUUCAUUAGUACACUUCCUUCUGUCCAGGGCUUUGGGAAAUAUCCAGAUAGCACACAAUUUAUAUUGGCUUCUCAAGGAUGCACUGCAUGAUACACAGUUUGGUACCCGAUAUGAACAUGUUUUGGGUGCUCUCCUCUCAGUAGGAGGAAAAAGACUCAGAGAAGAACUUUCUAAGCAGACAAAACUUGUACAGCUCCUAGGAGGAGUAGCAGAAAAAGUAAAACAGGCUAGUGGAUCAGCCAGACAGGUUGUCCUCCAAAGGAGUAUGGAAAGAGUACAGACCUUUUUUUUGAGAAAUAAAUGUCGUCUCCCUCUCAAGCCAAGUCUAGUGGCAAAAGAAUUAAAUGUUAAGUCAUGUUCCUUCUUCAGUUCUAAUGCCGUACCCCUAAAAGUCACCAUGGUGAAUGCUGAUCCUAUGGGGGAAGAAAUUAAUGUCAUGUUUAAGGUUGGUGAAGAUCUUCGGCAAGAUAUGUUGGCUUUACAGAUGAUAAAAAUUAUGGAUAAGAUCUGGCUUAAAGAAGGUCUAGACUUGAGGAUGGUGAUUUUCAAGUGUCUCUCAACUGGCAGAGAUCGAGGCAUGGUGGAGCUAGUUCCUGCUUCAGAUACUCUCAGGAAAAUCCAAGUGGAAUAUGGUGUGACUGGAUCCUUUAAAGAUAAACCACUUGCUGAGUGGCUGAGGAAAUACAAUCCCUCUGAAGAAGAGUAUGAGAAGGCUUCAGAGAAUUUUAUCUAUUCUUGUGCCGGGUGCUGUGUAGCCACCUAUGUUUUAGGCAUUUGUGAUCGACACAAUGACAAUAUAAUGCUUCGAAGUACAGGACACAUGUUCCACAUUGACUUUGGAAAGUUUUUGGGCCAUGCACAGAUGUUUGGUAGCUUUAAAAGGGACCGGGCUCCUUUUGUGCUUACCUCUGAUAUGGCAUAUGUCAUUAACGGGGGUGAAAAGCCCACUAUUCGUUUCCAGUUGUUCGUGGACCUCUGCUGUCAGGCUUACAACUUGAUAAGAAAGCAAGCAAACCUGUUUCUUAACCUCCUUUCACUGAUGAUUCCUUCAGGAUUACCAGAACUUACAAGUAUUCAAGACUUGAAAUAUGUUAGAGAUGCACUCCAGCCCCAGACUACAGAUGCAGAAGCUACAAUUUUCUUUACUAGGUUGAUUGAAUCCAGUUUGGGAAGCAUUGCCACAAAAUUUAACUUUUUCAUUCACAACCUUGCUCAGCUGCGUUUUUCUGGUCUUCCUUCUAAUGAUGAGCCCAUCCUUUCAUUUUCACCCAAAACAUACUCCUUUAGACAAGAUGGUCGGAUUAAGGAAGUCUCUGUUUUCACAUACCAUAAGAAAUACAACCCAGAUAAACAUUACAUAUAUGUUGUCCGAAUUUUGAGAGAAGGACAGUUUGAACCAUCAUUUGUGUUCCGGACAUUUGAUGAAUUUCAGGAACUUCACAACAAGCUCAGCAUUAUUUUUCCACUUUGGAAAUUACCUGGCUUUCCUAAUAGGAUGGUUCUAGGAAGAACACACAUAAAAGAUGUAGCAGCUAAGAGAAAAGUUGAGUUAAACAGUUACUUACAGAGUCUGAUGCGAGCUUCAACAGAAGUAGCAGAGUGUGACCUUGUUUGUACUUUUUUCCACCCUUUACUUCGUGAUGAAAAAGCUGAAGGAAUAGCAAGGUCUGAAGGUGCAGGUCCCUUCAGUCCUACUCCAGGCCAAGUAGGAGGAGCAGUGAAGUUAUCUGUCUCUUACCGCAAUGGUACACUCUUCAUCAUGGUGAUGCACAUCAAGGAUCUUGUCACUGAAGAUGGGGCUGACCCAAAUCCAUAUGUCAAAACAUACCUUCUUCCAGAUACCCACAAAAUAUCCAAACGUAAAACAAAAAUUUCACGAAAAACUAGGAAUCCAACGUUCAAUGAAAUGCUUGUAUACAGUGGAUAUAGCAAAGAAACCCUAAGACAGAGGAAACUGCAGCUAAGCGUACUCAGUGCAGAAUCUCUGCGAGAGAACUUUUUCUUGGGUGGAAUAACCCUGCCUUUGAAAGAUUUCAACUUGAGCAAAGAGACAGUUAAGUGGUAUCAACUGACUGCAGCUACUUAUUUGUAAACCAGUCAUUUUCUGAGCUUUGAAAGCAAAAAGUUAUAAAAGUGUGCACACAUGCAUGGACACACACAAUUUGUGAACUUUGUAUAGUAUUUUUAUACUUGGGCAGAAUUUAUAUAGUUAAAUAUAUUUGCUGCAUUUCAAUACAUCUGUUGGACCAACAGUCACACAACUUUUCUAAAUUUUGGGAAGCCAUUGACAUUUUAAAAUCAUUAUAUUGAAUGCUAUAAACCCUAAACUUAAUAUAUAAGUGCUGAAAAAGAAUUUGAGAUAGGACUAUAUCAGUUCAGCCACCUAUUUUGGAUUGUUUCUUAUACAGACAUAGCAUUUUUGUUUUCCUGUUAAGCACCUUUUACAACCUUGACCACUGUGUAUGUUCACAACUACCAAAGUAAAAGAAAAAUGCAAAAUGAUACCAUAAAACACAGCUGCUAUUCACUGGGAUAAAAAGCAAAGCACAAACAGUAGAUAACUAUAUUAAGAACUACUAAGUAGUUAAUAGAAGUAGGAGAAAAUACUGGUUUUGUAUUGAUUAUUAAAAACCUUUUUCAGAAUAAGUGCCAAUCAUUCAAGUUGUAAAUAAUAGUGCCUUAAUUAACUUGAUAUGCUUCCUUGGCACUUCAUAUCUGAUAUUUUUUUUCUGACUUGAUAACAAUAAGUAGUUGUCUUUCACUUUCAGCUUACUAGGAUAAAGAUUAUGUUCAUUUACUAAUUUUUCCUCUACAAAAAAUUAUUUUCUCCUCUUCUCAUGUUAUUUUAACAUGAAGCUGUUUAAGGUGUUUUUUUUUUUUCCCCGCAUAACUGAAUGCAGUUUACUGAGUCAUUGCAUACAAUUCUAUCAUUCCAUUAUACUACAUUUAUUCCCAGGGUGUGAGUUGAAAUUGGGUAAUUUCACUUCCAUAUAUUUAUACAUUAUUCCCUCAUUAAACAAGUGAAAAUUGUUAACCCCGGUACCCAUUCCUGCUUGCUAUAAGAACUCCCAAGAAUAGAGAAGACUCUUUAGAACUUUCAGUGAUACAAAUAGCCCACUGCAGCACCUGUGCCAUAAGUUCGUCAUCACUGGCCUAUUUGGUCCAGACUGAUUUUGGAUGAAGGGGAUGAUUGGGGAUGGAACUCAGGUUUUUUGCACUGAGCUACAUGCCCAACAGCCACGACUCCUGGUGGUUUUGUAUCUUGAAUCAACAACUUGCUAAAGUGCCCAGGUGGGGCUUGAACUUGGGAUAUUCCUGUCUGACCCCCCCAAAGUGCUGAGAUUAUAGGCAUAUAGUACCAUGCUCAGUUCAAACUGAAUUUUAAUAUAAACUUCUUUAUUAGACCUUUAUAUUAAAAUGAUAUUCAUAUAGACCUUAUGGAAGAUUGUCUUUUAAACUGUCUUGUACAUUCAUGUGAAUUUUUUUCCUUAAUUCAGUAAGAUUCAGAGGAUUAAAAUACAUAAGAUUGGUUUUUAUUACUUACUCAAUUUUUGGUAUAACUUUAAAUAAAUUUGUGUAUACACACACACAUUAACCUUCAUGGCUAGAAUAGGAAUUCAAGUACUUUUGAAAACAAUAACACAAAUGUCGCAAUCUGGUUUUUGCAAAAAAACUGAAAAAAAUAUGCAAUGAAGGAUAUCAUGAGAGAAAAAGGACAGUCUCCAGUUCCAUUGACCAGAAGAGAAUUCGUAUGAACUGUGCAGAUGUUUAAUACAAAUGAUACCUGCAGAACAAAAAUAAAAGACUUGGGGAUAUGUCUGUGUAACAGGUUUUAAA